AAUUUAGAUAUUGUUAUAAUUUUUUUUAUAAAAUACAAAAGUUAGAAAUGCAAAAAUAAGAAAUUAAACAAAUUUGUAAAUUUGCUUUAACAUUAUUGUUUUAUUCGAUAUAUUUGAUUACUAAUUUAAAUCGAUCUAAAUUAAUUUUAAUCAGUUUAAAACAGUUUCAACCGAUAUGAAACUCAUAAAUUUUUUGUGGCUAUAAUCAAUUUGCAGUCUAAACAAUUUUAGACCAUUUAGAAAAAAAAAAGUGUUACGUAAGCAUGAAUGACAAAAGUCUUUAAGUUGAUUUGAACAUUACAGGGUAAAUAUAAACCAAAAGGCGACAACUUAAUAACAGAACUUUGCACUGUUACCCAAGAAAAAAAAACAGAACUUUGCACUGACCUGUAAUGGCAGCAGCUACAGUCACAAAGCUAGGAAGAUCUCUACAACAAAGACGCACCUUCAUCAACGCCAGAGUCAAAUGGGUCGGCGACCCAUACCUCGACGAAGCAGUCCAACGAGAGAAAAACCUCAAACAACUCCUCUCCCUCAAAGACCGAAUCAUAUCAUCCCCAUCGAAAUCACUCCCUCUCUCUUCCCUCUCGCUCCUCAAACCUCUCGUCAACCUCCACGUAACCGCCGCCGCGUUUCUCCAGAAACACCCUUCCGUCUUCGCAACGUUCCAGCCUUCACGCUCUCUCCCUCUCCACGUCCGCCUCACUCCGCAAGCUCUCGACCUCCACAAGGAAGAAGAGACCAUCCACCUCUCGGCUCCUCACCGUAACGCCACCGUUCAACGUCUCGCGAAGCUCUUGAUGCUCACGGGAGCUGGGAGUCUCCCUCUCUACGUCGUCGAUCGCUUCAGGUUCGAUUUAGGUCUCCCUCACGAUUACGUUACUUCGUUGAUAUGCGAUUACCCUGAUUACUUUGAAGUAAUUGAGGUUCACGAUCGGUUAAACGGCGGAAAGACUCUCGCUUUGUCGCUUACUUCGCCGCGGAAGAGCCUCGCCGUGUCGGAGAUGGAGAGAAGAGAAAGUAUCAUCAACGGGUCUCGUGUGCAAAAGGGGCUGCGCAUAAGGUAUUCGAUGAAUUUCCCCAAAGGGUACGAGUUGGAGAAAAGGAUAAAGAACUGGGUUGACCAAUGGCAAGACCUUCCUUACAUCUCGCCUUAUGAAAACGCGUUUCAUUUGGGGUCGUACAGCGAUCAGGCUGAGAAGUGGGCGGUUGCUGUACUUCACGAGCUUCUGUACCUUUUGAUAUCGAAGAAGACUGAGACAGAGAAUGUGCUUUGUUUAGGGGAGUAUUUAGGGUUUGGGACGAGGUUGAAGAAGGCUUUGGUGCACCAUCCGGGUAUCUUUUACAUGUCGCAUAAGAUUCGGACGCAGACUGUUGUGUUGAGGGAAGGUUAUCAUAAAGAGUUCUUGAUUCAGAAGCAUCCGUUGAUGGGGAUGAGACAUAGGUAUCUUUAUCUUAUGAGCAGAUCAGGGAGAGUAAAGAAACGAGACUAUGUUCCUGGAGUUAAGAGAAGCAAUCAAAGCGUUGAUGCACAAAACAGCUAAUAUUCACAUAGGAUUAGUUGUAGCCGGAACUCGUUAUGUAGAAUGAAUGAGUGGCUAAGAUUGUUCAAGUAAAACAGCUAAACUGACUGGUCCUUAGGACAUCAGGCAUGGUGAUGGCUGUUUAAGUUGAGAAAAUCACGAAGCAGAGGAAGAGCUGAAACUCAGGAUCGACCUCUUAAGGUCUUCUAAGCGACAUAGUCAACAUGGGUUUGUAUCUUCAUGAGUCAAUAAUCUUAUUCAAUGGUAUUUUUUUUUCUUUA